CGUUCUCACGCGCUGCCCUCAGCCCGGUGGCCGCUCCGCCCUAACGAGGGGGCCGGGCGCAAAAUGGCGGCCUCCGUUUCACCGAGCGGACGGAUGCGCAGCGCGCAUGCGCAGCGCUCGGCGCGCCGUCGCCCGAGAGAGGGACGCGGAGCCGCGGGCAUGGUGGCGGGCGCGCUCGGGAUCGCGGUGUUGUUGGCGGGGCUCUGUGCGGCUCGGGCGCAGGAAUCCUGCACGCUUCCAGACAACGUUCAGUAUGCAGAGCUCAUGGAGGACUUCAGCACGAUGAGCAGCUUUCCUGUUGGAACCACUGUGAAGUACACCUGUCGCCCUGGCUAUAUGAGGAUCCCUGGGAUGCCUGUUGAUCGAACGUGCGGCGAAAACUUGACGUGGUCACAAAUAGAGACGUUCUGUACAGCAAAAAGAUGUAUUCAUCCUGGAGAAUUAGAACAUGGCUUUGUUAAUGUGACAGAUCUUACAUUUGGUUCAGCAGCUACUUUUUCUUGUGAAAAAGGGUACAGGUUAUAUGGAAAUAGUCAAAUUUCCUGUGUAAUUAAAGGUAAAGAUGUUGACUGGAAUGGAGGACUUCCUAUCUGUGAUAAGGUUCCUUGUGCUCCUCCUCCAAGUAUUGCCAACGGGCACUACACUGAAGCAGACAACUAUGUUUAUCAAACAGCAGUAACCUAUAGCUGUAAUGAUGUCCAGAAAGGAGAAGAUCCCUUCUCGCUGGUUGGUUCACCUUCUAUUUUCUGCACAGUUGAUGAGAACUCAAAUGGUGUUUGGAGUGGACCACCUCCACAAUGUAAAGUGGUUGUCUGUGAAAACCCAGAUGUAGAAAAUGGAAGGAAAUUAUCUGGGUUUGCAUCUCACUAUACCUAUGGGAGCACAGUUAUGUUUGAAUGUGAUCCAGACUAUGUCUUGUUUGGGAAGGAUGUAAUUACUUGUCAAGAAAAUAGCACCUGGUAUCCAUCAAUACCAACUUGUAGAAAAAUUAGUGAAGAUUCGUGUGGUGCCCCAAAGAUCUCCCAUGGAGAAGUGGUUCCACCAAAAUCUGUGUACUUAAGAGGAGAGUCUGUUCAGAUAAGGUGCAUUCCUCACUGUGCUUUUCCUGAUGGUGGUACAGAGGUCACAGUAAUGUGCCAAGGACAAAACACGUGGAGUUCUGAACCAAACUGUGCAUGUGGUCCUGAACCUUCUGAUUCCUCUCCAGUCAUCAGCCAUGGUAGAAUAAUUGAAGGGAAAAAAUCUGUGUAUUCCAUAGGGGAUUCAGUUACAAUUGAAUGUUAUGCAGGCUACACAUUGCAUGGUGCAGCUCGUAUUGAGUAUAUUGGAGAAGGCAGAUGGAGUCCAGAAGUGCCAAUCUGCAAGUUAAGUGCUUAUAUCAUUGCCAUCAUCUGUGUGAUCGUGGCAGUUCUGGUGUUCCUGGCAGCCUUCUGGAUCUUUAAGAAAUUCAUUUCACAGGAAGGCUCAUAUACAGUUGAUGAGAGUUGCAAGAAAACAUGUAUUUUAAAAGCAAAUACACCAGCUGAGAUGGAAGAACUGUACAAAUGAAUUAAUUGAAUCUUGAAAAGGAAGAGUGACAGCACUCCACAUACUGCCAAAUACACGAGCUGUAAAGCAUGAAUGACUCUUUCUGAGGGUGGGAGGGAAUUUGCAGUUGGAUGUGCCUAUCAGAAACGAAAAUGAGCGCGCUUAUUUGCCUACGGAAACCUAACAUACCUCACCCUGUGCUUUAUGCUAUUGGUUAACUGUAAUAGGGAAUAGGAGGAUAAGAAAAAGAGCAGACAAUUCUGAUGUUUUGCUCUGGGUCAUUCACUGUCUCCUCUGUGUAUCUAACAUGGACUUAGAGGCUCUUCCUGCAGCACACAUCGCUGUCUGUCGGCCGGAGCACUUGCAGAAGACGGUCCAAUGUUAGCACUCAAUUUCUCAAUCGCUUUUGCAGUUGAGGUGGUGUAAAUGUCAUCUCUAAUGUUCUGAAAUGUUUUAAGUCUUCAUUCUUCUGAAAGAGAUUGGUGCAAUGUGAGGCUGUGUCUGUUUGAAAUAGUUGCAAUUUAGAUCUUGUAUCUGCUGCUUUCUUGUUUGCCAAAGUUGAUUCUGUAUAUCUGAUGAAUUAAAAUGUGCCUUUGAAUCAGAGUUUUAGCUUUUAUAAUGCCUUCAGGAAGGAAAAAAAGACCUUUGGUAUAAUCCCAAAGGAGCUGUAGUGGUCUUGUUGCACUGGGGAAGUGAUGGUUUCCCUAGCAGGGGUAUCUCCUGUGUUUGUAUUUAUUGGCCUGUUGGCAGAAGGAAAUCAACCAAAACCUGCUGAGAAUCUGUGUGCCCAUCCUUGGGAUGUCUGAUGUUAUUAUGAUUUUUACUUUGAAUCUCGAUGUCCAUUUCAGAGACAGUUAUGUUGCUUUUCAGAAUGAAAUGCUUCCGUAUGAGUUUAGCUGAGCUGAGCGAGGACGGGUCUUGGCUUUGUGGGUUUGCUGCCAACAUGCAGGCAGCUUCUAUGCGCCCAUUUUCCCAGAAGGAGCAAGUCACCUGGCAUCAGGUGGCCGAGGCAUUGACUGGGCUGGAUUGGCACUGCUAUUGGGAAUGGGUUGUUUCAACAGCACAGAAUUAGUUGGGGUUUCGUUGGGAUGCUCCCAGCGGUUGUUUUUGAGCGCUCCUAAUGGCCUCCAGUCCUGAAGAAGGGGUUCUGGCUGUGCAGAAGUGCUUGCUGUUCACAGCCUCUCCAAUAGCUGAUGCUUAGUUUGCCAAUUGCUUGUAAAUACUGUGAAAAUAUAAUAUACUGAGAAUUGAGUGUUGCGCAUUAGCUGGCUUGUGUGUGGCAUUUCCAAUAUCUCGCAAUAUACUGAAAUAGACCGAAAGCUUGAGUGAAAUGACUGUAUAAAUUUGGCUUUAUUUUUAUAUUUUUAUGAAUGUAAAGAUGAGUGGUGGCUUGUAUUAUUAUAAAUAAAGAUAUUAUUUGGCAGUAA